AUAUACUCUGCGUUAAUGUUAACAGAUCGGUCAUACUUUUUAUUAUGAUUUUGGCCGUUGGUAAAAGGGAAGAAAAAAUUGAUAAACCAAUUUAUAAAAAUAUAAGUUAUUAAAAAACUAUAAAAAAGAUCAAUAUGACUCAUACAUCAAGAUAUUUAGGUUACCAUGGCAGUAUGAAUCGUGAUUAUUUGACAGAUGGAGAAGAAAGUCAGCGUGCUCCUUCGGAUCGCACUAUGUCGGAAUACAUUGUGGCCAAUGAUCACACUACAAUGGUAAAACCAGUUAUACCAACAAGAAAAAAUCGUAAAGAGAAGUAUGAUCAAGGUGAGGAGAGAAGAUCGCAAAGUGCACAAAAUGGUCAUGGAUCUAUAUUUUCUGGUCCAUCUCGACAUCCGUUUAAUAAAAGUGCAUCACAUGGUAGUAUCUGUGACAAUGGUUCAGAUAUAUAUGUUACAAGUGCUGCUUAUAGAACAACUUCAGAAAUAAGCCGUGGAUCCCACCAUAGCCUUGCACCAAGUUCUAGAAUGGAUCAUCGAGCUCCUAGUCACUAUAGUUAUGGUUCCGGAAGAUCAGGAAUAUCAACAGUUAAGACACAAACUUCAAGAAAAGAUGGUAUUAUUAUAGAAACCAUGUCAACACCUAAUCCUUUUUGUCCAAAUACAAAAGGAAUCUGUUGUCUCAUGUUACUUUUGAAUCUUGGUUUAAUCCUUGUAACUUUGGGUUUUGUUAUAGUAAUACAAUUCUUUCAACCACUGGUUGUAUGGAUUUUAGGUAUAGUUUUUCUUGUUUUUGGAUUCUUAACAUUGAUAGGAAGCCUUGUAUAUUGUGUACAUGUAUUCAGAAAUGCUAAACACCCACAUGAUAUAAAUCCAGAAGAUCUCUAUUGGACACGUUAUUGGCAAAAACAAGUUGGAUCAGCACCUGAAGUCUUUUAUAAGGCUGAAGACAAAUAUCAAGAAGAUGGAUAUAGUGACCGCUACAGUAAAUAUUCAGGCAAAUACUAUGAUAGACAGAGAUAUUGAAAAUUUGAAAAGCUAUUAAAUAACAACAUGCAUAUAUAUAACAAUAAUGCAAUUCAAUGUAUAUAAUGCAUAUAUAUUGAAAGAAAAACCAAAUAAUUAUUAAUUAAAUUAUUAACUAUUAAGUAUAAUUUCAUAAACAACAAUUAAUCAAUUAAAAUAUGUUAAUACUGGUGCAAUAAAACAUGAUACUCUCUAUAUAUAUUUGCAUAUACUGACAUUGUUAAUAAUAAGGUAUAGAUGCAUCAGAGAUUUUUAUACAUUUCUUAUAUUUAAAAGAUUUUAUUUAUUUUGUAUUUGUAUUUCCAAAAAUAUACUGAUAGAAAUAUAACUACUACAUCAAAGGUUACUGAUUAAUGUAUUGUUAUUAGGCGAAAAAGUUU